AUGCUAAGAGGCAAAGAAAAAAGUUUGGAUCUUGUCAACAUGCUUCGAGCUGCGGAACAGCUACAGGAUGUGCCUCCGUGGCAGCAACAAGAAGUAAUAGAACAUCAGACUGCCCUGGAAGCGGCCGAGGUCCUCAUGGCUUCGGCUCAAGGUGCAGCGGUUGCAGAGAGUGAGCUGCUCGCUCGUACUGCCUCAAAGGCCGAGCGCAUCGAGUUCUACGAGGGCGUUGUGCAGAUGCUUGACGGGCUAGCAAAGGAACAGAGGCGCAUGGAGGAGGUGCGGCGGAUUUCCGCUCUUGCCGACUUGGCAAUUCGGGAGAGGCGCUUGAGGGAAGCCCAGGAGGCAGGCACUCGACAAGCCGAGGAACUGCUUCGCGAAAGAGAAAAUGCGGCAUUUCACAAUGCAACCCGCAUACAUAAUCAAACAAUCGACUCUUACCUGCAAGCGAUUAUUGAGAAGGCGGGAGCUGCAAAUGCACAAGAAGAAGCACUGUUGGAGGUCAAUCUUCAUUCGGAGUACUUGGAUAGAGUUGUUGACGAUCUGGAAGAGCGUCACGAGGAGCGUCACACAAUUGUAGAAGAGCUCGUCAGAGGGUUCCUCAUGCCCCGGCUUUCAAGCCAGUGUCAGCGACGAGAUGAACAAAUCGAAGACCAUAAAUUCCGUGUAGCUGCUCGGCUUGUAGUUGAGGAGACUGUCACUGCUGCUCUUACCGGCUCAACCCAUACGGAAAAGGCAGAGAGUACUAAUGUAACCAAAGAGAUGCUCUAG